AAAAGCUCAUUAUUCCCAUACUGUUCUUGAUACUGAGUACCUUUCAUCCAUUCCACACUACAUAAACAAACUUUUUCUUCAAAAAACAUAGAAUUGGUUUAUUUUAGAAUUUACAGAAGAAAUUAAAUUUGAUUUUUAAAGCCGUUUUACAGUGCUAAGACAUUUCUCUGGUUCCUGGUUUUUAUUUUGUUUGUAGCUGACACGCGCUUGUACAAUGAAGAUUUCGUUGGAUCCUUCGACACAGUCGAAUUAUUAUGAUGUUUCCAUUCAUCAUUUACUUUUAGAUGCAGAAAUUGAUUUUGGUAAGAAGCUUCUUUUUGGUACUGUGGAGUACAAAAUUCAAUCUGCUCGUAUUUCUGAACCUCUGUCCCACAUCAUCUUGGAUACAUCCUACCUGGAUGUCAAAUCUGCCUCCUUGAACGGUACACCUGUUCCUUUUCGUGUUGACGAACGUCGCGAUUUCUUAGGAAAUGCCCUUCAUGUCGUUCCACCAAAACCAAUCCCUGCCAUAGAUAUUGCGACUUUACGGAUAAGCUUUUCAACUACUAAGGAAUGCACUGCCAUUCAAUUUUUAGAUCCCCAACAGACAAUUGGAGGGAACGCUCCCUACAUGUUUUCUCAAUGCCAAGCCAUUCAUGCUCGCUCUAUGCUUCCCUGUCAGGACACCCCUUCUGUAAAAGUACCUUGCACUUUUCACAUCCGAUCUAAACUUCCUGUGAUUGCAUCCGGUAUUCCUUGUGGUACUCGUGAUUUCCGCGAUGAUUCUCUCGUAUACAUGUUUGAGCAACCUCUUGGUAUUCCUUCCUACUUAAUUUCCAUUUUAAGUGGUGACCUUGCUUCUUCUUCCGUGGGUCCUCGUUCCACCGUAUAUACCGAACCAGACAACAUUGUAGCUUGCAAAUUUGAAUUUGAACAUGAUAUGGAAAAUUUCAUGAAGGCCGCCGAAUCUCUUACUACUCCUUAUGCAUGGACUCGUUACGAUUUUGUUGUCCUGCCUCCUUCAUUUCCUUAUGGUGGCAUGGAAAAUCCUAACGCGACAUUUGCUACUCCCACUCUUAUUGCCGGUGACCGCUCAAACGUCUCCGUCAUUGCACAUGAACUAGCUCAUUCUUGGAGUGGUAACCUUGUUACCAAUGAAUCCUGGCAAUGUUUUUGGCUUAAUGAAGGUAUGACUGUCUUCUUAGAGCGAAAAAUCAUCGGUCGCGUUCAAGGUGAAAAGUAUCGCCAGUUUGAUGCCAUCAUUGGCUGGGGUGAGUUGAAAGAAGCCGUCGAACUUUUCGGUAAAGACCACGAAUUUACUAAGCUUAUUGUUGAUCUUGAUGGAAAAGAUCCCGAUGAUGCCUUCUCAACAAUCCCUUAUGAAAAGGGGUUCAACUUCCUUUAUGAAAUCGAACGUGUCGUCGGUGGACCUGUUGUUUUCGAACCUUUCCUGUCUUUCUAUUUCAGAAAGUUCGCUAACUCUACUGUCAACGAAGUUAAGUUUAAGAAUGCUCUCUAUGAGUACUUUAAACCGUUGGGUCUCUCUCAAGCUCUUGAUUCUAUUGAUUGGGACGCAUGGUAUUAUGCACCUGGAAUGCCCCCAGUAACACCCCAAUUUGAUACCACAUUAGCUGACAACUGUUACAAGCUUGCUGACGUAUGGGUAAAUAGCGCUAAAACAUCAGAAAACCCAGACAAGUUUAAGCAAGAUGACAUCGAGGGUUGGUCUGCCGCUCAACUCUCUCUUUUCCUUGAUGUUCUUUUUGAAGCUGACGCCUUCCCUCACAAUUAUAUAGCUGCCAUGGACUCUGCCUACUCCUUCUCCAAUUCUAGAAAUGCUGAAAUUUCGUUCCGCUACUUUAAGCUCGUCCUGAAGAGCAAAUACAAACCUCUAUACGAACGUAUCGCUGACCAAGUGGGCAAGGUUGGUCGUAUGAAAUUCGUUCGUCCUACUUAUCGUUUGUUAAAUCAAGCCGAUCAUGACUUAGCUGUGAAAACCUUUAGAAAGUACAGCAAUUUCUAUCACAAAAUUUGUGCCGGCCUUGUUAAGAAGGAUUUAGGCAUCGCUGAAAACUAAAGCAUCAUCAACUUACAUGCCUAAAGAGUCUACGAUUCAGUAAGUUCUAAGCUGACGUUCAUUCUAUAAUUUACAAACUUGACUAGACUUUAUUUUUAAAUUGAAUAUGGAAUUAUAAUAAUAAUCUGUAACAAUUCAUUUUUUUCUUGUUUCUGUC